AUGAAUCAAGAAAUCUACGAAGAACUGCUCUUCGCGAGAACUUUGAUAACCGACACUAAAGAUUUUGAAUCUAGGUUUGAGGAUAUUUCGACUAUGGUAAUACCACGGUGGAUAAUUAAUCCAUAUGGUGACAUAGAAGAAACGAAUGUCAUAAUACAAGAGGAACUGACUGAACUAAGUACAAACGAAGAACUUAAGGUUCAGUUUAAAAACGGAUAUCAGCAAUUGUGGCUGCAAAACAACAUACCCGUUACUUAUCCCUUCUGCAAAAAGUCAUGGAGUUUGCAUGCAUUAGAUGGAGCUGAACAAACGACUAAGGAAGAAAAAGAGUAUGAAGAGAAUUUAAAGCAGGAAGAGCUCACAUGCAUAAGACUCCUAAGGAAACGGGAAGGGUGA